AUGCGCUUUUAUCUAUCACUCGAGCGACCAGACGCAGACGCCUUGUCGGAAAAAAAUUUUUCUAAGCACUCGAAAAGCGACAAAUCGCAUGCGAAUUUGCUCUCUUUUUUCCCCAUUAUAUUUCCUUUCUCAACGCGCGCGUUAGUUUUAUGUAAGCGUAGAAUUAGGCGUGAAGAGCCCCUCAAAAUUACCCAAAAUUUGCCUUUUGCUUUUUUGUUUUCCCAUGGGGGCAAGGAGGAAAGGUUUUUUAAAAAUUUUUGUUUUAUAGAGGAAGGCCUAAAAGAUUGGCGCGAAAAGUCAUUAAUCAACAUCGCAAGGUCUGGAGGUAGCACCCAAUCUAAUGAUGUGAUUCAAUACGGCGAGUAUGAAUAUAUUUUGAAAAACAAGGAGAAUGUGUUAAACGACCAAAAAUUGACAAAAGAAAAUUUCAAAGUAUUCGAAAAGUCUGUUCAAACGCUUAAAGCUAAGGUUGAAGGUUUUAAGCAUAACUUUGAAGGUUACACAUGUGGAGACGACUUUGUGAAAAUUGUGGAAAGAGUUUUGAAAGAAUACGAUUCGAAAACUGCAGACGAUAUAUUUAAAACUAUAGGAAUCGACUGUUUCAAAUUUCCAUCAGAAGCGGACGUUCCAACUUCAACUACCAAAAUCAAUCAACUACUCAAGCUAGUGAUUGAUUCCAAAAAAUUUAUAAGAGAUUUAAAUUCUGAAGGGGCAGAAGGCUCCUUUGUUGAUAUAUUCUCUUUUAUGAAAAAGCCGGGAAUGGAAGAGUUGGAAAAAAUUUUUGAGCUGUCAAAAAUUCAAACGAGAAAAUUAGAUGAAGAAAUUAAUGAAGAGAUUUAUAGAGAACAUUUGAAAAAUAAAACUCAAAAAAAUAAAAUGAAAGAAUACAAAAAUGCGGUCGUAGAGGGUGCUGGUCCAAUUGGUUUAUAUUCUACCUACAAACUUUUUCUUGAAGGAAUGAAUGUAACAGUUAUCAAUGAUCGUUCCGAAAAUUAUAUCCGCAAUCAACUCGUCAUAUUUGAUCGAAAAUGGGUUUCACAGAUGCGUUUCUUUUUUGGUACUGAAUUCGAUAGUUUAUUUAUUCGUGAAAACUCAGUGGGGAAAAUGCUUGAUGAAGAGCUUGUUUUAAUUAGCAUUAAAGAUAUGGAACUUGCAUUAAUGGGGCGGUUAAAGAAAAUAUCAAAAUUUGUAGAAAAGAAGGAAGGUGAAAAAGGAAAAAAGAAAAAUGAGGAAGAAAAAUCAUUUUUGUAUUUAAUUUAUGAAAUUGCAGUUUUGGACAUUUUGUAUGAAAAUUAUGAUAAACCGAUAGUUGUUGUUGGUGUUCGAGAAAAAUUAAACAAUUCGAACGGGUUGUUAAUACCCGAUGAAAUUAUUUCAAAUUUUCAAGCAAGGGGGUUGAAUAAAAGUAAAAUUGGAAGUAAAAAAGUUGGGAUACCUUUUGAUCUUCUUUUUUGUGCUGGUGGUGCAAAUGAUAAAAUACGUGAUAAAAUUUUGGGUAGUUUUUGUUUAAUUUUGAUGAUUUUAAAAAUAAGAGGGCAUGGGACUCAAGGGGGAGCAGGCCAACCUACCGCAGCCCAACCUACCGCCGAGGCUAUAACUUCUUUCAAAAUUGUCGAAUCCGGGACGCCUUGGUAUGGUUCGAUACGCCUCGACGAGUUGAAUCCAAACAUACCAAGUUGUCUUAGAUUCGACAAUUUUGAACGAAGUUAUAGCUCGGCAGUAGGUUGGGCUCGCGGCAGGUUGGGGUGUACCCGACUCAAGGCUGCACGCAAUUAA